CGCCUGUGGAUGCUUACCUUACGAGUACGUCCUCCGUCCCAGGGCCUCCACCCAUCCGAUCGGCCAGAACUCACCCACUCUUUGUCCCCUCAGCUCUCUCUCUCUCUCUCUUUCCUCCCUCUCCCUCUCUGCACAUCCCCUUCUCUCUUCUCUCCCUAUCGUCCUCUCACUACUCACCUUCUUUUUUCUUUUUAAAGAGGAAGUGAAGUGGCAAUCAUGGCAAUAACAAGUCGAUCUCACCGGUCCGGGUUGCUGGUAACCUUGCUGCUGGCCAUGCCAGCGUGCGCUCACGAAGGCCAUGAAAAUGUUCCUGACGGUGCCGCCAUCUCCGAAGAUCCGAUUGAUUCGACGCUAUGGCUGCAUAUGAUACUCAUGGGAUUUGCCUUUGGCAUCAUUUUCCCCUUGGGUAUGGUUCUCGGGAUUGUACGGUCGCGCUGGCAUGUCCCUCUCCAGAUUGUCGGCACGAUUGUCGCAGUAGUCGCAUACUUCCUGGGCCAUGCUCACAAGGGUCGCCAAUUCGCCAAAAACGUCCAUGCGUCUUUCGCAAAUACAUUGAUGUUGAUGAUGGUGGUUCAGAUUGUUCUGGGCGUCUAUCUCAAACUACAUCUCACCAAGGGCAUUCACGGGCGGAUUCGUCGGGUCAUGGUGGUUGCGCACGGAGUUGUCGGCAAGGCCAUGCCGGUCGCAAGCUGGGUUCAGAUGCUGUUUGGAGGAAUCACAGCCAUGGGCUUCUGCCGGGAUGACCACUUAGGACAGUGUCUGGCUCACUUCAUCAUGGGCAGCGCUUUCAUCGCCUAUGGAAUUCUGCUUACCAUCCUGCUCCUCGUUGGUCAGUACUGGCUUCGCCGCACGGGUCGCAGCCAGGAGUUCUUCGAUUCGCUGAUCAUCGCCGCCUGGGGAUGUGUCAACACCUUCACCGAGCAUCGGUGGGGAGGUCCCUGGGUACACAACGAUCUACAACAUACCACGAUGGGAAUUGUUUGGUGGUGUGCCGGGCUGCUGGGUAUUUGGCUGAGCCGGAAACGCAAUGGCCGCCCCAAGCGCAAUCUCAUUCCAGCCCUGGUUAUUCUACUCACCGGUUAUGCCAUGUCCGCUCACCCCCAGCAUCUGAUGAUCAGUACUAUGAUCCACUCCAUCUUCGGUUACACCUUGAUGGCUGCCGGCUUUACCAGGAUCAUUGAGAUCUCCUUUGUGCUCAGAGACAAGGGCACCGUCAGCCCGGACGGUUCCGACCCGAAUAGCUUUCAGUAUCUCACGCCUUUCUUGUUGUACGCUUCUGGGUUCCUCUUCAUGGGCGCCACCGAAGAACAAAUGCAACUGCUCAGCGACGCUGGAAUCACACAUGUUUCAUACGUCCUGAUUCUGUACAGCAUUGCUUUCAUCCUCUUCCUCUUCGUCAACGUCCUCUUGCACAUCUACGCUGUUCACGCAUGGCCUGAAUCCACCAAGCCACUGUCCCGCUCCCGCUCCUCCAGCUUUGCAGACGACGCCGGCGAAAGUUCGCCCGGCUACAAGCCUAACCAGCCCAACGGCCGCUUUCUGAACGGCCACGCUCGCUCGGCAUCCGAGAACCAGCACGUCCAUGACGCGGAGGAGUUCGAGCUGCAGGGGCUCAUCUCAGAUGAGGAAGACAACGGGGAGCACAGUAGGAACACAAUGGGACCUCGGAAAGUGGACGACGAGGAAAGCUCCGCUCUCGUUGGUAAGGAGACGUCAACGCAUUGA